AAGACCUCACAUGUUUUGGCUCAAGAUGUGAAACUCUGGAGUGCCCAGGGCGGUGCAGGCGUUGCCGCAGCGGCAUAGGUGCCAUAAUUAGUUGCAAAGAAGCCGCCCUUACCUUUGCCGAUGUCUUUUGAGGCCUAUUUUCCACUGUGCUUCAGCUUCUUUGGUCUAGGAGAGCGGCUACAACUGCGCACCUUGUCGCGGCGGAUGUGUCAAGAGGCUGGCCGCUGCGAUGUCUCCGGCGGAGCGGCGCUGGGCCGCGUGGCGGAGCGAGGCAUGGCCGACCUAUGCCAACGGCUGGUGCGUAUGGGCGCAAGCGUGAAUGCUGCCAGCCGACAGGACCUAUCCCCGCAUCUCGAUGCCUGUUGUGGAAAUCUGGAUGCUUUGUUGGGCAGCCUUUCGAGGCCCCAAUCCGAAAGAUUCGAGCAGGAUGACUUGACACCUUUGAUGUACGCGGUCUUCGGAGGUCAGCUGGAGACACUCGAACUGUUGCUGCAAAGCAAGGCAGAAGUCAACCAUCAGAACAAUACCAAGUGUACAGCACUGAUGCUGGCUGCAGAUUUGGGUCACACAUCCUCCCUCAAGCGCUUGCUCACUGCACGUGCUGAUGUGAGCCUGCAGGCAUCCGACUCUACCACUGCGCUCACGAAUGCUGCGCAGAAGGGCCACCAGGAAGUGGUGGAAGAGCUUCUGUGUGUCGGUCAGGAGCAAGCAUCUUUGGCCGAUGCCUUGUGGUGGGCGGCCGAAUAUGGCCAUGCCAGCAUCGUGGAACGGCUUUUCCAUUACAAAGUGGAUCCCAAUCUUGCCGGAGAGGAUGGCUCUGGCCCUGCCGGCGGAAAAGCCUUGCGGAUCGCAGCUCACAAGAACAAUGGCGAGGUGAUCUCUGCCCUCCUGGCAGGCAAUGUGGAUGUGAACGCCACCUCUGCCAAUGGCUUUGGGGCGCUCGCGGUCGCAUGCCAGUACGGAUCACAACGAGUGGCGCAAGACUUGUUGGCAAAUGCUGCAGAUGUGAAUGCUCGUGCCCCUAAUGGAUGGACGCCCUUGAUGAUUGCUUCAACUUUUGGACAUUCCCUCGUGGUGGAGCACUUGCUGAUCUUUCUGGCAAAUGUGCACAUGAGGGAUCGAGAGGGCAAUACUCCAUUGCUAUUGGCAGCACAAUCUGGGCACAUACGCAUUUUGCAAGCCCUGUUGCAGCAGAAUGCCCAGGCCCCAUUCUUCAAGGUGACGCGUUGUGUCCCCCCUUGCGCCUAUCCUUUGCGCACAGGUCAAUGCCGCUGGGCAGUGCGGGUGGACCGCCUUGAACUUGGCCGCCAGCUUCGGGCACCUGGCGGCGUGCCAACUGCUUCUGAGUCACAAGGCGGACGCCCAGGUGCCCGAUGAAGCCCAAGAGACACCAGAGAUGGCGGCACUUGCGGGUGGUCAUACGGAAAUUGUCGCAUUGUUGCGAGAUGCCACGCAAGUUGCCAAAGCAGACAAUUGACAUAUAGCAUGACAAAACGCACUUGAUUCAAGAAC